UUGCCACUGCGUAUGGAAGAGCAUGUGAGGCGGCGAGAUGGCAGGCUUCGCCUCAGAGCCCUUAGUGUGCGAGCGGUUUCACUCGCGGCACGACCCUCACUGGCUGCUGGAGUUUUUGCCUUCGCCGCUCUGCUUGGCUUGCGCCAUUGAGACGCUGAAGGAGGACGGGGUCUCGCUAAUACGCAAGAAGCAUGUGGUCUCUUGUCUCCGAGAUGUUCUGACUCAGCAUGCAACAAGAGUCAUCCCAUUGCUCUUUCAGAAUGAAAGAAUAUGUGCUUAUUUUAUAGCAACUUUGUUUGGGAUCUUACAAAUUGUAGAAGACAGCAGUAUCCUGGAUUUACUCAUGGAAGUAUUAGUACAGUUGGUAGUAGAGCUGAAAUUGGAGAGGUAUCUUCAUUAUCUAUUGGAUGAAUGUCAAAAAGAGUUAUGCAAGAUAGGCACAACAAGAAAUAGUUUGCCUGUAUUUAUUCUUCUUGGAAAGUUGGCAGAUGCUAUUCCAUUGUUUGCUGAUACUUUAGUGACUGAACAUAGUAACCUGAUUGAGCAUCUGGCUGCAGGCUUGAUAUACCCCAGUGAGAGGAUAAAAGCUGCUGUAUGUUAUCUUUAUGGCAAACUGUAUGCUGUCCCCAGUGCUGCAAAGCAGUUGACUAUUCAUUUCAAAGAUAAACUUAAUAGUCUCGUUCUGACUACUUUGAAGGAUGCUCAGACCAUGGAACUGCAACUUAACUCCGUAGGUUUAUUAAAGCAACUGCUGAAAUAUGAUAAUUUUGUUUUGGUUAUUAUGAGUUUUACAGGAAAAGCAGCAGAUUCUGCAAGUCCUGACUUAUUUGAAGGAGAUAGUCUAUUACCUUUAAUUCUUAAGAAGUUGCUAUUAUCAAGAGAUGAGAUAUUACAGGUGGCAAGUACACAGUGCAUGGCUGCUAUAUUGGUGCACUCUCCAGCUAAAUAUGCUCCUGCUUUUAUCCAUGCAGAUAUUCCAGAAUUUCUAUUUGAAUGUCUCUUCUGCAUGAGUGAAAGUCUCAUCUGGUCAGUUUAUUGCUGCCUGUUGCUCCUUACUGAAGAACAGCUUUUCUUUUCCAAAUGCCACACUGUCUAUGGCAUCGAACCUUUUAUAAAGAGUGUGAAAGAAACUUUACAUCUUAAUAAUAUAGAAUUGCAAAAACAAGGACUUUUACUUUUUACUGAAAUUUUGAAAAAGCAACCGGAAGAAAUUAAAUUAUUUACAAAUAUUGCUACAUUUAAAGAUGCUGUUAGUGUUCUAAUGGAAGCUGUGAAAUGCCCUGUUAUUGAAGUAGCAUCUGAAGCAGUGAAAGCUGUUACUGCAAUUUUGAGAAAGGAUCAUGUAAGCUUUCCACCUAUACAAUAUGGGCAACUACAGAAAUUGAUUGAAACUAUAUUGAUGCGAUGUAAUGAUCUCCCACUGGCACCUUUUAGUAAGAGGGUGAUGGAUCAUCAAGGGGGUAGAUGUAACAAUAGAGCAAUUUCACAACAGGCACAGUUUUUGCAGAGUGCCUUAGAAAGCUUCAGAAAUGCUUGUAGCUUAGCUGUGCAAUACCAAAAAGAUCCUCUGGCUCAGAAGAACACUUUUACAGCUCCAAAUUCAGAGAAUAUUGAUACAUUGAAAAGAUUUUCGGAAUUUCUUCUAUGGAUAUCUGAUUCGCUUUGCAUUCCCCUGGUCAUGAAAUAUUCUGAAAGGGCUGUCCGCCCAGGUAUUAUGGAAGUCUUCAUCUCAGCACUUAGCAUCCUGUUCAGUGUUAUGCCUGACAUGCAUAAGAGAUUAGCCAUUAAGAUGGCAUCUUCUUCUUUCAUCCAACUGAACCUGGAAUUGAAAGCUAAAUUCUGCAGUGGACAAAGUAAUGCUGCCUUGAAUCAAGCUUGUUCUAGUUUUCUUCAUAGCAUGUGCCUCAGUCUUCAUUUGUCCUCUGAGAAAAUGGUGGUUUCCUCAAAACAAAAGCAAGAAAUAUCUGAACUCCUGUGGAAGACUCUGCCCCUGUUAAACUUCAGUGCACUGGAAAGUCUCAGGCUCUUAUCUGAAACCCCAGAUCCCUUAUGUUUAAAUGAAACACUUCGCAAUCAACAAUAUAGCCUUCUGUUUCUUUUCUACCUUGCUUUUAGUCAUGAAGACAGAAUUGUUCCAGAAGCAGAUCUGUUCUCAGCUAUAUCAAGUUUUCUUCUAUCUGUUGAGGAUCAGGGAGAUUGUCCACCUCCAUAUAUUGUUAAAGCUAUUUUGUAUCUUCUGGCAAUUUGUCAGCACAAAAGUAAAGUUUUAGACUUGGCAUGCCUUUCUGCUAUAAGGAAAAUCCUGGAUGUUAUAUCUGAUCUCAGCUUAGUAUAUGUUCAUCAUCCUCUGCUGCUUAAGUUCUUUUUACAAUAUCCUGAUCUUAUGGGAAGAUUUGGUCACAGCAUCCUUCAACUCUGGUUUUCCUAUGAAGAUUUCUCCCAAAAUGAAUAUGAAGAUGCUGCCACAAGAGGCUCUGUUGACUUUUCUGACUCUUCAAUCAACUUUAAUAGUUUGAUUUGCUUGCUAAAAGCCAAUCCCAGUGCUAUACUUGUAUUAUUGGAUCUAGUCUGCUUUGGCACCAAUGAAGUAGCUCAAAAAGUCUUAAUUUCACUGAAAAAUUUCUUAAGAAUAGCUGAGGAUAUCCAUGUCUGUGACCUUCUUCGAAGCCAGUUUCUACAGAUUUUGCAACAGCUUUUAGUAGAAAAUAAUUCCAAUAUUUCACAAGUAAGCCAGAAUGUGCCACUUUUGUUAAAUCUCCUUUUCCUGGUUCAGCUGAGAUAUGCAACAGAACAAGAGUUGGAUAAUACAGGUUUCAGACUGCUUCGCUUAGUUAUCAAUUUGUGUGGGAAAUGUAAUCCAACAGACACUGACAUUCUUCAGCCAUCCCUGAACUUCCUUUAUUGGAGCCUUCAGCAGACAAUUCCUUCCAGCCAACAAAUAGUGGUAGUAUUGUUACUUUCCAAUAAAUCUUUGAUAGAGCUCCUUGAGAAAGUCCUCUACUGCACCUGGAUGGCAACCUCUUUCUCUGAACCUGUCUUCUCCUCAUCCAUUGAAUCACUUAUUUGUUCUGCUUGGCUUUUGACAGCUUCACUCCUGACUCAACAAAAUAUUUACAAUACAGAGGUUCAUCACAUGAUCUCCUUGGAUGUGGACAAGGUCUUCAAUGCAGCUGCAUACAGAAAAAAGAGCAUAUUAUUCUUUGUUAGCAUCCUUCAGUUUUUGAGAGCCUUCUUUAAGCAGAACCUCUGUUCAUCCUUUGUGAAGUUUAUUGUCCAAUCUACAGAUGAACAGGAAAAGGAACUGCCACAGUCAAAAGAGAAUAUUUCCUUGUUUCCACUGGCUAUGUGGCAUGUACUGUCUUUGGUUGCUAGAUUACAAAACCUACUUGUCCAGAAGGACUUUUUGCUAUCACAGACUGUUAUUGGAUGUUUUGAGGUCUUGUUGGAAUAUCUGCACCUGAAAAAUCAGAGCACCGCAUAUCAUAUUGCCUCACACCCAUGGAAUAAAUUUUUGUUGAUCACACUUUUAGAUGGUAAUGAGAAUUCCUUUCUUAACUCAGAAAUUCUUAGACUCAUUAGUUUGUUUCUGAAAUAUCAGGACAUCAGGACUGUUUCUGAAAUUGAAAUUAGCCAUAUUCUUGAAGAAGCAGCUCAUACCAACGUGCUAGAACUUUCUAAUGACACAAUCAGUGCUCUUCGCUCGUUUCUUCUUCAGAGGAAGGAUACUGCAAAACCUCCAUUCCCACCCCACUCUGGGGCCAGCCAGAGGUGGUAUUUGCUGGUUCUCCGAACUACUCAAAAUUUCCACUACCGAUUCUCCAGAACCUGUCAGAACCUGCUAAAUUUCACCCCUGAACUUCAAAAAAUAAAGUAUGAAGUGGAUUCAAGCAAAAAAGCUGUGAUCCAAUCGUUGUUGGAGAACCUCCCACCCAUAAACAGGCCUCAAUGGACCCAUCAAGGCAUGAUGAUUUUAAGAAUGGAUUAUUUUGUGGCUUGCACAUUCCUCUUUACACUGAUAUUACCAAGAGGUAUGACUACUGACACAGAGAAGAAAACCUCAGAUUCAGGAUUGGAAAUCUAUAAGAAACUGUUUGAAGUAAAGCGCAAAGACCAAAUGAAUGCACUGAAGAACCUGAUUGAACUCAAUGAUGUCAACCAGCAGUACAAAAUUAUAGACAUCAUGCUCAAGGGUCUUUUCAAGGUUCUUGAAGACUCACGAGCAGUACUUAUAGCAGCAGAUGUUUCACCAGAUGGACCAUUUUCUCAUGAUGAGAAGAUAAAGGAUGCCUAUUCCCAUGUGGUGGAGAAUACUGCUUUUUUUGGGGAUGUAGUCCUACGUUUUCCAAAAAUAGUGCAUCACUACUUUGAUCGCAAUUCCAAUUGGAACAACCUUAUUCGCUGGGGGAUCAGCUUCUGCAACCAGACAGGCGUAUUUGAUCAAGGACCCCACUCACAAGUAUUAGGAUUGAUGGCUCAAGAGCUAGGAAUUAGUGAAAGAUCUCCAGACUACCAGAAUCCCUUUAAAGCAGACAAUUCUGAAUUUUUUCCUGGUGCUAACACAUUCCAGAAGGCUCUUCGGGAGGAAGAGAAACGAAGAAAGAAAGAGGAGAAACGAAAGGAAAUUCGUAAGGGGCCUCGCAUCUCACGCUCACAGUCUGAGUUGUAAUUCUAAUGUCAUUUGCCCUAUCACUGAAACUUUGGGAGUUAAAACAUCUGAAAAGCAAUGCCCCUUUGUGACCUCAGGAAAAUGACAAGCUGUUGAAAGGGCAGGGCUUGGAAGUGACAUUCUUUCAACAAGACAUUGGUACCUACUAAAUACCUAGAUAGAGUUUCAGUGCAUAUUUCCUUAUGGGAAGAAAGACUUUUCCAAGUAUCUGGAAUGUAUAGAGUAUGUCAGGGACUGUUCUUCAUGUGUAUUUUUAUCUCUCGUGGCUUUGCCAGUUUGUAAUGCUAAGAGUUUUAGGAAAAUGGGGUAAGAAGAGAGGAAAUUAAUUCUGUGGUAUAUGCCAUGUCUGCCAUUUAUGACAUGUAAUACUAUGUAUCAUUAUGCAAUCAAAAAAGUAAUAUAUUAUUGCUGCAACAGAUUUUGUUCCUGGGCAGCAAACAAUUUCUUUGAGAAACUUUUGAAUUCUGUUAGAGAUGCACAAACUUGGAAAUAUUAAUUAGCGAUAAAGUACUCUUUGAACACUUUUUCUUUAAAUUUUAUGAAAUGUGACUGGGAGCUGGGAUACAUCAAAGAUGUUGCUUAAAAUGUCAUCAUCAUUAUAAUAAUUAUAAUUCAGAGCCCCUGUAGGUAAUAUCAAGUUUUAUCUGGUUGUCAAGCUUCCUUCGUUUCAUAAGGCUGUUAAAGUAUUUUCUCCUAAAAGGGAAGAAAAGCUUUUGGUUGAGAAGAAAGUCAAUAAGGCUGUGCUCCACCAAAUAAUAACUUUACUUGAACAAGAGAAUAAAGUACCAAGAUAAAGUGAAUCUGUGUGAUAAUUUCAUAAUGCAGUAUUACUAUCACUACAUAAAUGAAAAUUACUGAAAGGCUUACAAAAUUCCAGUGUCAGUUUUUAGUUACUAGCUUUGCAAGACUACUUUUGAAUUUCAUUUGUAGUAUUGUAUAUGUAGAUCUAGUUGUAAACCAUGUACAUUUAUCUUUAUUGUCUGGUAAUCAAUUUUAUUUUGAUUAUUAUAAGAUACCUAUUUGGCCUUAGGUCUAACACUAUAAAAAAGCAAAAGCUAACCAUACGGCUUUUGUUCUUUUUUUGUUUGUUUUUACCAUUAUACCACAAAAAAUGACCAGCAGUAAGUUUAACAUAUGGGUAGUGAAAUUAUGGAAGCAUAUUUUUGCUACUCCUACUGCCUGUCUGAUUGUUUCAUAGGAAGAAGUUGCCUUUUUUCUCAACAUUUUCAAGCGUUCUAUUGUAAACCACCCAGAGAGUGCUAUAAUACACUAUGGGAUUGUAUAUUAGUCUUAAGUGCUAUUGCUAUUGUUAUUCUAUGAAGGCUUACACUUGAAGCAGAGUUCAGAUUUCACCUUAACUGUUAAUUUUACACUAGAAAUCAGCUGGUUUGGGGAUCAAAAUAUGAUUAUUGUUCUUUUCCCAAUCUGUAGUUCUUCACUGGUGAGUUAAAUUAUGGAUUUGCACAUAUCCACACACAAUCAAGCUAUGUGCAUUUGGCACAGAAUCAUUGCAGUGUUUGGCAGAAUGGGUAGUUUUUGUUUAGGACUGAAGUUGAGUGGAAGUAGGAGACCUCUCUGUACAUUAAAAUAACUGGAAUAUUAUACAUCCCACAUUUCUGGUGGCAUUGCUCUUGGCAGGGGAUUCUUUUGUGUAGAAGGAGGGUUUCAGGGGAUACUGCAUUUUGACAAGGCUGGAAAUUUAUUUUCUAAACAGAGAACCAGCUAUGCUUGGUUUGGGGAAGGAUAUGUAUUUAAAUUGGAAUUUGACUUUGCUUUUUUUGAAUAAAACUAAAGUUUUUUUUAAAAAACCACUUUGACUUCUCAUUCUUGUGAGCUAUGUCAGUGUGUCACAGGAAGAGGAGAGAGGGAUUUAUCAUUUUUAGGUUAGGUAGUUCUUAUAUUCAGAAAAGGCUGCUUUAAUAUUGUUAAUUUAGCUGAUGAGGUAACAAUAUUUUUAAUCAAUUACAUCUAGUUUUAUAAAAGUUUUUUCUAAUUGGCUUUGCAGUUGAAAACUGUUGCCAUCGGUAGCCUUGCUAAUCAUUUUUAAUUUAAAAGCCUAAGAGUAUAAUUCAUUCACUGAACUAUUAAGUUCGCAAAUUGUGGUUGAAUCUAAGGCAUUGGCAAACUAAUAUUGAGAGGGCCGUGUCUUCAGAUAGUUAGGUACCAAGUCAUGUAGGUCUUUAGAAGUACGGAUAUGUGUCUUGAAUCAAAUUUAGAAUAGCAAGUGCAGCUCCUUCAGAAUGAGCAUAAUGUGAUUCCACAUGGCUAUAUCAGUUAAAGUCCAUGUAGAUACACAACGCUAGAUGGAGCUUGUGGACCACUUUCAACAUAUAUCACAUCAUAGUAGUCCAAGCAGGUUUUUUUUUUUUAGCCAGACAAUCCCUCAAGUAAUAAUAAAUCUAGUACUAGAAGCUGAUGCCCAGAGUUACUCACUAUUGUUCUAUAAUACAAGAGGCACUUGUGCUGCAUGGACCAAGAUUUUGGAAUUUUACUGUUCAGGGAUAUAGACAUCCUUUGCAAUCUCAAUGGUCACAGCUAUGAAUGUUUUUAUUUUUUAAAAAAAUGAUCUUAAAUUGAGAUUUGAAUUAACAUAAUUACUUUUGAUAGUUUUUCUUUACAGUUCAACAAUACAUGGACAUGAUUCAACAAUAUGAAUUACCUGAUUAUUUUGAGCUGCUCUUUGUUGCCUGUAUAUAACAUAUGAAAGUAUACUUUUUCAGUUUUUCCCUUCCCCUAAAUAAUAGAAUUAUGAGGAAUUUCAGCCCAAUUUCUGGAAGAGCAAAAUCUUUUAAUUAAUUUUUGUGUUAUCUUUUGGUAUUUCACAAAAAUGUAAAAUUGGAUCCAAUUAUUUAGGCUGUGUAGUCCAAUCCUAUGUUCAGUGCAGGGAUCGAAAUUAAAGCACCCUCAACAAAUGGCUGUGAUUAAAUACAUCCAGUGAAAAGCCAAUGGUCAGUGGAUGGUUAGUAUCAGACCAGGACCAGGAAUACCCAGGUUAAAGUUCAUCUUAAUUCAUGAUACAUUUUUCCUCCAUAGAUUUAUCCAAACCAUUUUUAAAACCAUCACCACAUCCCAUGGAAAUGGCUUCCACAGAUUAAUAAUGUGCUAUAUUCAUGAUUUCCAAACUAAUUAAUCACAGAAUAUUCAAAACAUUUUAGAAUUUUCUCAUAGGAACUUGUUCAAGGCCCUGAAUUAUAUUGGUUUCCCUGUACUGUCUUUUUCUAGCUCUGUUAUAUUCUUUUUCAAGUGUGAUGGCCAAAACUAUAUGUAAGAUGGUAUUCCGCAUGCAGAUAUAUUAUAGUUUUGUAUAAUAAAAUUAUAAUUUAGACAA